AUGUCGUCUCAGACACCCAUUCCUGUCGACAAAGUCGCGAGACCCCAGGCUCACCACACAGUCGUCGAGCCCUCGGGACAGCAUCUCCAGCCCCUUCCUUGCGACCUCACACAACAAGAUGACCGGGCAGCGGCGUUGGAAGAGCGGAUUAGAGAACUUGAAGAUGCAGUAAGCUCCUCGUUUCAUUCAUUCCGUGGUGCUCUACAGCAGAUAUCCAGUCAUGUUGGUUUGAAAGAUAUGAGUGGAACAUUAGUUGGAUUCACUGCGCCGUCGACCAAGGAUCAGGUAAUUCGCCCCGAUAUUCAAGCUGAAUCAAACCUCGAGCUAUUCGAAGUGGGGCAUGACGCGAAGGACCUCGUCGACAAAGGGAUAUUGGCGUUGGCGGAUUGUCGAAAGCUCUUCGACUUCUACGGGGCAAAUUGCAGCGAGAUUAUUGCUUUUUUCGAUAACAUAAUGGACUCGUUUGAGGACACCCGCAGAUAUCCGCUCCUCUUAGCGGCCAUGUGUACGAUCGGUGCCCGCGCGUCUGCACCUAGGCUGUAUCGUCAAUGUCUAAACGAAACUUACUCAUUGAUACAGCAAACAUUACUUGGACCUGUCCCUUCUCUCGAGACGCUAAAGGGUAUGUUGUUAAUAGCUGUGUGGCACAAGAAUUACCGGCUCUUGGGGCUUGUGCUAUCAAUUGCUUACCAGAUGCAACUUCCCGAGACGGCUUUGAGUUUAGCAGAUAAGGCCAGCGAGCAUGAUGAAGAUUCUAUUGACAGAGCAAGGACAUGGCUGUCCUUCUGCUGCGUUGAUCUUGUGCACAAUAUCAACAAAACGUACUUUAUCAGUGAGAUUGAUCGUUAUACGAGAUUAGGAAGCGACUUGACGUCCAUGCCAUAUCGGCGUAAUGUGGACUAUCGAAUACGGGCAUAUUUGGAGUUCUACGGCAUCCUCAAUCAGGCAAAAAAGGACGUGGUUAUCUCAGGCAAUAUCCAGGAGCAGCCAGUCACAUCAGAUGUUUGCAGGCAGCUCCAGUUUUAUGACAAACAGCUGGAAUCAUGGUUUCGACGGAAUGAAGAAGAAAUGGACCCCAUUUACCAGACGUUUUCCAAACCCCAGGACCGCAACCGAAUGGCGAUACCGUACAACUUUGCCCGAAUGCAUCUGAAUGGAUUCGUUCUUCACGGUCUGAAGCCGGAUAGUGCCAGAAACGACCCACUUCGAGUUCAAUUCAUACGAGCAGCUGUUGAUGCUGGGAAAUCGCUGCUUAAAUGUGCUCUUCGUUCCAUCGACUACCAAACUAAUUUGAACUAUUCGAUCGAUUAUUCUGGCUCCGCUCUAGGCCUGGCAAUCAACUUCCUAUCCCGUGCUACAUGUGUUGCAUAUGACUGCAUCGACCUUGAAGGGGUUAUGCGUAUACUGGCACAAGCACGGGAUAUGUUUGAGGGUGCCAAGCUGGCUGGAAAGGCCGACGAGGUUAGUCAUAUUCUCGACCAAGUCGCUGAAAUAAAGCGCAAUAUGACAGCCGUCAAACCAAAAAAGAAUACGAUCGAGGCGGACAUCAAUGAGAAUGUUGACGAUGGGUCUGAUUUCUUCCUGAAUGCUAGACUACCUUUGUCUGAAUUUUCUCUUGAUGAACCAUCGAUUGAGGAUAUUCUUAUGUAUUCUGGAGAGUAA